AUGUACCUCGCUGGCUGGGCUAAGCUGGGCUGGGCUGGACUGAACUGCGUCUGGUCCGGGUCAGCUGUUGUGGAGGCGAUACUUGUUGCCAGUGGCGUGAACCAGCAGCCCACUGGAGGUAGUUUUGAGCGGAUGUGCAAGCGGCCUUGUGACGUGUCGUCGACGCUUCUGAGUAGGCAGAAGCUGCAUCGGUUACGCUGUGGGAUCAUUGCCACAACGCGUCGCUUAAGCCCCUAUUCACCCCUAAUCGGCGGCCUCCCCUGUGUGUGUGUGUGUUUCAUUUCAUUCGAUGAAAUCUCUUAA